UAUAUAUGCAAAGAAAAGAAAUGACCCUCUUCCUUUAAUUCUCUCUUUCCCUCUCUAACUUUCUCUCUCUUCUGUCAUCACACUCCCUGUGACUGUAAAACACUUCCUCACUCGGUCUCAAUCGAUAGUGAUAGGCCACAAAAGAGGCCCUUUACUUUGUUUUUCAGUUUUUUUUUUUCUGUCUUCAUGGUGAUCUUGAACAACGUGUCACUCGUGCAGGUUAAGUCCAACUGGGUCAUGCUGUUUCUGGGUCAUCAAGUUUCUGCUUGAAAUUUGUGUAACUCAAGUAAAAAACAAAACUUUCUUUGUUUUUUUAGUGUUUUACCUUAAAGGGUUGUUUUUUUCAUUAUUGUUUUGGGAUGUUUUGGUUUUGUUUGGAUUUUGGGUUUGUUUGAUUUUGAGUAUUUGAGUAUGGAGUAGUAGAGUAAUGCAUUGGUUUUGAUAGAUGAAAUGAUUGGUGAAUGUGAAUUGAAAUGGCUUGAAGUUAAUUGAAAGUUUAUGGCUUUAAGUUAGGGUUUUUGUGAUUGCCAAAUUUAUAAUACUAUUGAGUCUUUGAAUGAAAGAGAAAGAAAAUAAAAGGAAAAGGGUAAAGCUUGAAUGAUAUGAAGCUUUCAACAUCAGGGUUGGGUCAGCAGGGACAUGAAGGAGGAGGAGGGGAGAAGAAAUGUCUGAAUUCUGAGCUAUGGCAUGCAUGUGCGGGGCCCUUAGUGUCCCUACCAACCGCAGGAACUCGUGUGGUUUACUUCCCUCAGGGUCAUAGUGAGCAGGUGUCUGCUACAACUAACCGAGAGAUCGAUGGGCAAAUACCAAAUUACCCUAGUUUGCCACCUCAGUUGGUUUGCCAGCUUCAUAAUGUCACAAUGCAUGCAGAUGUUGAAACAGAUGAAGUGUAUGCUCAAAUGACACUACAGCCGUUGACUCCGGAAGAGCAGAAGGAUACAUUUCUUCCUAUGGAAUUGGGCAUUCCAAGUAAGCAGCCCUCGAACUAUUUUUGCAAGACUUUGACAGCCAGUGACACCAGCACACAUGGAGGAUUCUCUGUUCCUCGUCGUGCAGCUGAGAAAGUUUUCCCUCCGCUGGAUUUCUCACAGCAACCACCAGCACAAGAACUAAUUGCUAGGGAUCUCCAUGAUGUUGAAUGGAAGUUUCGACAUAUUUUUCGGGGACAGCCAAAACGACACCUUCUUACAACAGGCUGGAGCAUAUUUGUUAGUGCUAAGAGACUUGUAGCUGGAGAUUCCGUGCUUUUCAUAUGGAAUGAGAAGAAUCAGCUUCUUUUGGGAAUACGUCGAGCCAAUCGACCGCAAACUGUAAUGCCAUCAUCUGUUCUAUCCAGUGACAGUAUGCACAUUGGACUUCUUGCAGCCGCUGCUCAUGCUUCAGCAACUAAUAGCUGUUUUACUGUCUUCUAUAAUCCAAGGGCUAGUCCAUCUGAGUUUGUCAUACCACUUUCAAAAUAUAUCAAAGCCGUGUACCAUACACGUAUUUCUGUUGGUAUGCGCUUCAGGAUGCUCUUUGAGACUGAAGAGUCAAGUGUCCGCAGGUACAUGGGCACAAUAACAGGCAUAAGUGAUCUGGAUGCUGUUCGGUGGCAGAAUUCUCAUUGGCGCUCUGUCAAGGUUGGAUGGGAUGAAUCAACAGCAGGAGAGAGACAGCCACGGGUGUCAUUAUGGGAAAUUGAGCCUUUAACAACAUUCCCAAUGUAUCCGUCAUUGUUUCCCCUCAGAUUGAAACGUCCAUGGCAUCCUGGCACUUCAUCUUUGCUUGAUGGUAGAGACGAAGCAACAAAUGCUCUGAUGUGGAUGAGAGGUGGACCUGCAGACCAAGGUCUCAAUUCCCUAAACUUUCAAGGUGCUGGUAUGUUGCCCUGGAUGCAGCAGAGACUCGAUCCAACUUUACUCGGGAAUGAUCAGAAUCAACAAUACCAAGCCAUGUUGGCAGCAGCUGGAAUGCAGAACAUGGGUGGUGGAUAUCUCAUGAGGCCACAAAUGGUGAAUUUUCAACAACAGCCUACCCAUUACCUUCAAUCAGGAAACAAUAAUUCACCUUUGCAACUUCACCAGCCACAGUCAAUUCAACAAUCGGUGUCCUCUAAUAUGAUGCAGCCACAACAAACCCAAAUACUUACAGAAAACCUGUCUCAGCACCUUCUUCAGAAACCAAAUAAUAAUCAAGAACUCCAAGCUCAACAACAGCAACAUGCAUAUCAAGAUACACUUCUUGUUCAAAAUGAUCAGCUCCAUCAGAGACAACAACAAUCCAAUGUGCCGUCACCGUCAUAUUCAAAACCAGAUUUCCUGGAUUCAAACAUUAAGUUUCCUGCUUCAGUUCCCUCGGGACAAAACAUGCUCGGUUCGCUUUGCCCUGAAGGAACUGGCAAUCUCUUGAAUCUAUCGAGUCUAACAAGAAGUGGUCAGUCAUUGAUGAAUGAACAGUUACCACAACAAUCAUGGACUCCAAAGUAUGGAAAUAUGCAGGUCAAUGCCUUUGGCAGCGCAAUGUCACAUGCACAAUAUUCUGGAAAAGAUUCGGCUAUAGUGCCUCCACAUUGUGAUUCAGAUGCCCAAAAUCAUACUCUCUCGGGUGUCAAUAUCGAUUCAUCUGGUCUUCUACUCCCCACCACUGUCCCGAAUUACACUGCUUCAACAACGGACACUGGUGCAUCAACACAAUUAGGGGAGUCUGGAUUCCAGGGUUCUCUAUAUGCCUGCAUGCAAGAUUCAUCAUUUUUGCAAAAUGCAGAGCAAAUCGACACACAAAACCAGAACCCAACAUUUGUGAAGGUUUACAAAUCGGGAUCGGUUGGGCGUUCACUUGACAUCUCUAGGUUCAGCUGCUAUCGUGAGCUGCGAGAGGAGUUGGGUCAAAUGUUUGGAAUUGAGGGGAAGUUAGAAGAUCCUCUUAGAUCAGGCUGGCAGCUUGUGUUCGUUGACCGGGAGAAUGAUGUGCUUCUCCUUGGCGACGAUCCGUGGGAAUCAUUCGUGAAUAACGUUUGGUAUAUCAAAAUACUUUCACCGGAAGAUAUUCAGAAGAUGGGAGAUCAAGCAGUAGAAAUGCAUGGACUAGGCUCGGGACAAAGGCUUAAUGGCACUGGUGAAUCUCACCACAUUGUUUCUGGACAACCACCAUCAAUUGGCUCACUUGAUUACUGAGAACGAGAUGAUUCCCAAAUGUAACCUUCAGGUUCCACGGUUAAGACAAUUUCUUUGUGUAUUAUUAUUAAUUAUUUUCUUUGGGAAGUACUGUUAAUCUAUUCCACGUGCCAUUUUAUUAUUUAUGUCAGGAUUGAGAAGAAAAUAUACAUUUAUGUAUGAUAAGAAAUUUAGGACAAGCUUUUGUGUCAAUCUGAACUUGAGGCACUGAAAGCUAGAAUUAAUGUUACUAGUUACUAGUACUAUUUUAGCAUUUGAUAAACUUAUUGCUUGUACUUGUGUACUCUAAGUAGGCAACUAGAGAAGACUGUUUAAAUUAAAGCUCCUUAUGUUCUGGUA